AUGUGUGAUCAGACCUUUCUCGUUAACAUAUUUGGCUCCUGUGACAAAUGUUUCAAACAACGGGCUCUGAGACCAGUUUUCAAGAAAUCUCAACAGCUCAGCUACUGUUCACUAUGUGCAGAAAUUAUGGCAACCGACGGGCUGCACGAGAACGAGACGCUGGCGUCGCUCAAGAGCGAGGCCGAGAGCCUCAAGGGCAAACUGGAGGAGGAGCGGGCCAAGCUGCACGACGUGGAGCUGCACCAGGUGGCCGAGCGCGUGGAGGGCCUGGGGCAGUUUGUCAUGAAGACCAGAAGGACCCUCAAAGGCCACGGGAACAAGGUUCUGUGCAUGGACUGGUGCAAGGAUAAGAGGAGGAUCGUGAGCUCCUCGCAGGAUGGGAAGGUGAUCGUGUGGGAUUCCUUCACUACUAACAAGGAGCACGCGGUCACAAUGCCCUGCACGUGGGUGAUGGCAUGUGCGUAUGCCCCGUCGGGAUGUGCCAUUGCAUGCGGCGGUUUGGAUAAUAAGUGUUCUGUGUAUCCACUGACGUUUGACAAAAAUGAAAACAUGGCUGCCAAAAAGAAGUCUGUUGCUAUGCACACCAACUACCUGUCGGCCUGCAGCUUUACCAACUCUGACAUGCAGAUCCUGACAGCGAGUGGCGACGGCACGUGUGCCCUGUGGGACGUGGAGAGCGGGCAGCUGCUGCAGAGCUUCCAUGGGCACGGGGCUGACGUGCUCUGCUUGGACCUGGCUCCCUCAGAAACCGGGAACACCUUCGUGUCUGGGGGAUGUGACAAGAAAGCCAUGGUGUGGGACAUGCGCUCCGGACAGUGCGUGCAGGCCUUUGAAACACACGAAUCUGACAUCAACAGUGUCCGAUACUACCCGAGUGGAGAUGCCUUUGCUUCGGGAUCAGAUGAUGCUACGUGUCGCCUCUACGACCUCCGGGCAGACAGGGAGGUUGCCAUCUAUUCCAAAGAGAGUAUCAUCUUUGGAGCUUCCAGCGUGGACUUCUCCCUCAGUGGUCGCCUGCUGUUUGCUGGAUACAACGAUUAUACCAUCAACGUCUGGGAUGUCCUCAAGGGAUCCCGAGUCUCCAUCUUGUUUGGACAUGAAAACCGUGUUAGUAGUCUACGUGUUUCCCCUGAUGGGACUGCCUUUUGCUCAGGAUCAUGGGAUCAUACCCUCAGAGUCUGGGCUUAAUCAUAAUGCACAUAUAGGUACCUGAGAAUAGAAUUUGAAAUUGUCACAUGUAAAUAGAUCUUGCUUCUAGAGGAUCUGAGAGUUUAUUGCAACUUAGCUUAAGGGAGCAGCUCCAUGACUGAGAGUUCAGCAAGCAUCUCCAAUAUUACUGUUAAAACCACCACCAUGGAAAGAUCCCAGUAUGAGCCUUCAGCACUAUGAGAACACCUUCAAGUACAGUGUUUUUCAUUUCAAACACUUUUUAAAAUGUAUCUGUUUUUAAGGUUAUUCUAAACUAUCCUCUCAACUCAUUCUAUCUCCAGUACAGUUCAGCAUAUAAUAUAUUCCAUAUUGUUUCCUUGAAUCACAUUUAUUUUUCGGAGCACUUUAAAAGCUGAUUUUUCUCAGUGCACACUGUGACUUUUGGAACCUUCCCCUGGAAGUGCUGACUUUAAUGAACUGUGUGAGAAGGACAGUGUUAAUUGGUCUUUGAUAGAAGAAAAUGCCAAUUCCAAAUGAAAUUAGACAGAAUCAAUUUUUUUAAAGUGUGUUUUUAUGGUGAAAGUAUCCUUUUCAGCCUUGCGUCCUAUUGUAUUUUUUCGGAUAAAACAUUUUCAUAUGUGUAAACAGUUAUAAAUGAAGCAGAGAUAUCAUAAAAUAGAAGGUUUGAUGUGUGAAUCUUGUGAUGGUGGGAUAUAUCACUGCAUCAUGUGGACAGGACAUUUUCUUUCACUAGAGGGAAAAGCUGAGUGCUGUUUGUGACACAAAUGCUUCUCAGGGCAACCAAAACCUUUUUGUGUGGGAACACAAGACAGUAAACUCAUUUAAAAACCUGUUUGUAGUGUUAGACGUAUUAGGAUUAGUAGCAUCUACUCAGACUAAAAUGAAUCUUAUUCAUAUCAGUUAUACUCAUCUGUAUUGCAUUGCAAGUGCAAUUACAUAUACAAAUUAAUUGAUAGGUCU